AUGUCAGCUAUGACGGGCACAAGGUCCCCUACCUCUCCGUGGCCUCCAGAGCCCUCGAAUCUUCAACUUGCUAGUUCUUCGACCCCGGCAGCUCUUUUAGCAAUGCGUGACACUCAUUCAUCUCCGCUGAACCCUCACAUCACAACUCAUCAUCCCGGUUCAGACCUCUCGCCUAAUUACUUUUCGUUCAGCAUCGACGAUGCCAAUCUCACAAAAAGCCGUGACUCGAUCUCUUACCCCCAACCUCAGAUCAUUAGCCCGAAAUCGCAAUUCUUACCGAAGAAGCCGAAGUAUGAAAAUACUCCCGAUGCCGCGACGUCCGGUGCCCGGGUCGAUUGGUCCAGGGCGUCCACGGCGUCUAAAGCGUGGUGUGCCGGCGUUGGAAGUGCCAUAUCUGUUGAUCACUGCGCAGAGUUGCUUCAGUCGUCGCCCGAUGAUAUAAUGCUGUUCGAUGUCCGUCCCUUCACUCAUUAUCUUAAAGGCAGUAUCAAAGGAUCGUUGAAUCUUUGCAUCCCAACCACAUUGCUCAAGCGACCUUCUUUCGACACACAAAAGUUGGCGAAUACAUUUACAAGUGAUGCGGAUAAAAAGAACUUCACGAGAUGGAAAAAUUGUCGAUAUAUUGUUGCCUACGAUGCACAUACUUCCGAUAUGAAAGAUGCUGGGUCAUUAACUAAUGUAUUGAAGAAAUUCAUCCAAGAGGGCUGGACCGGUGAAGGAAUGAUACUCCUUGGUGGAUUUAACGCCUUUUCGGAUCGUUUUCCUUCUCUUAUCAAACGACAAAAUCAACCGAUGUCUGACACCACUCCGAUGAAAUCAUCUCCCAUGGGAUUGAGUCUCCCUUCUGCUGCCCCGGUCGCCGGCGGGUGCGCGCUGCCAGAAUCGGCUUCAGUCGCCAUACCUUUCUUUUCCAAUAUUCGUCAAAAUAUGGACCUUGUCAGCGGCGUUGGGCAGAUUCCCCUCCAGCUCCCCGAAAAUCUAACCGAGCCGAAGAAAUUAGCAUUGCCCUCUUGGCUACGGAAUGUAUCCGACAGUGCGGAUAAAGGCCAAAUCGUCUCUCAGAAGUUUCUCGAGCUCGAACAGAAAGAGCUGGAGCGAAUGAAGCAAGCACUUUCCUACGACAAGAAUGCCAGCUCGAACUCGAUCGUCUCACCGGACAAGUUCCGCGUUGCGGGCAUUGAGAAGGGGACAAAGAACAGAUACAAUGACAUCUACCCUUUCGAUCAUUCUAGGGUCAAAUUGCAAGACGUGGCUCCCGGAGAUUGUGACUACGUCAAUGCAAACUACCUGAAAGCUGAUUACAGCGAAAAGCGCUAUAUAGCUACACAGGCACCUGUGCCUGAUACUUUCAAUGAUUUCUGGCGCGUGAUUUGGGAACAAGAUGCCAGACUCGUUGUGUCCUUGACUGCCGAGGUCGAGCGAGGGCAAGUCAAAUGUCAUCCCUAUUGGGAGUCGGGGAACUACGGGCCCUUUAAGGUCAACAACUUCUCCCAGAAAAAGAUCUAUUUGAACCCUGCAGACUCUCAGAAAACCGACACCGCGAGCCGUGUCAACACCGAUCUUAACACCGAUCUCCGGUCUCUCAAACCAAACGAAUUAUUUGGGCUGCUCCUCAAACAUGCAUCCCAGCAGUUAUAUGGCGCACAGUUCUACGCAGACUGCACAACAUUCAGCUUUCCAGGACAUGCGAUGGAUGCUAAGGCAUCUUCAUUUGCACAUCGUGACGACGAAACCGUCGUGCUGGCGGCUAGAGGCCAGGAAACUCUGCAUGUCUAUCACGCUCGAGACGGGCGACUCCAACAUCGAACACUGCUUCAAUCACCUUGGGCCCAACAAGGUGUGUCCGAGAUCCUCAAGACGGGGUUCGAUGGAGAGAACGGCCUCUACGUUCUCCAACGCUCCACGCCGACUUUUGACGAGGGCGAUGUAGACCCAGAGCAUCCCUUUGUCAAAGAUGCGAUACAAACAAGCGCUACAGGUCAAAUAUUUCUUGUCCGCCAUUCGCUUGACUCGCCUAAUGGUCCAACGAGAAUAUGUUCGUUCCCAGAGCAUCCUGAAUACAGACCGCUGGCGUUUGCGGCUGCCAAUAAAGACGUCUUCGUUAUCUCCUGGCAGCAUAUGCGUGAUGAUAACUGCUUUGAGGUAAUCCGUUACACUGUCCAGGCUGAAUCACCAGUUGAUCCUGCGUCUAAUUCUAUUGAGCUACGAUAUAACUCCCGCGUUCUAGUGGAUGAGAGUAGGCAAGAUCUCAAUGAAGAUAGGCCACCCGAGGCGAUAACGAACCGGGGCCGUGUGCUCCAUCACAGUGGCCCAAUAACAGAUAUGGCUUUCAAUGACGGAUCAAGCCAAUUGCUGUUCUAUUACCGCGCUCGGACUUUGUACGGAUCAUUCCAAAGGAGAGACAUAUCCACGCUCCAAGGCCAAGCUAUAACCUAUGAUAAUUCAUGUAUUGUGCAAUUUUCAGACUCGAUGCGGCUACAAUUUUGCAUUGACAUACCCUUCUUUGGAACACACGAAUCGCACUCACACAACGGCCUUCAAAGGUGCCAGUGGAAAUACCUUGCUUUGGGAAUUGCGACUCAUCGUGAAGAGGGAUGGACCGUGGCGUGCCUACUAAAAUCAGGAGCUUCCUGCGCGUCUCGCAAUUGUGGGCACGUCUUGAAUCUUGAUCGUGGGCGGCGUUUUGCCGAUUGGACGGUAGUUGCGCGACUCUGGGGGUUUCGAAAUCCCACCAACUCCCUUGGAUCCAUAGUCGCUAGUUCCAAGCGUGGUACAAGGCUUGCGGUUGCGAAUUGGAACAUUCUUUACGUCUGGGCUUUGGAGCCUAACGCACUUAUCGACCAAAAUGCCAGUGGGUAUUACCCGCCUUCGUGGCAAUCUUCAGCCUCCGACAUGAUCGAAUUGCGGCCGAUAAUGCUUCCACUGGACGCUGUCUGCUUCAAGCUUUUCUUCGCACAAGGGGAGAAUGAACUUGUGGCAAUAACAGAUAAAGGGUUAAAGUACUGGGACCUGAGUACAUCGGGGCAUGGGCGAAGAGUUGCGCAGGAUCUAGCCGUUGGAGAAAUCAAUUGA